AUGCUGGGGGCCUGGACUGAAAGCCAAGAUCUAUUACCCUCGGCCUUUCUCAGCUCGUUUUAUCCGCAGUGGGUCUCAGAUAGUUACCACAGGGGUCGACUGCUGCACUGGUCCUUGCGUGAGGCUCGCCAGGUCACGCUCGAUCUAUGCGACAGAGAUUUCUUUUGGCCUUUCCGCAUCGUGUCUCCGGGGAUGGGUAAGCCGCCUCCGCCGAUGCUUCUUCAGUCACUGAAGCAAAGGCACGAACCAGAACCCGUUCCCUUCUCCCACACUCCUGAGUUGGCGGAAAGCCGGGAACACUUCCUCUUUCGCCACAGGGCGAUAGGGUUCCCCUUCGAGGCGUCAGUGCUGCCAAGGGGGUGGUUAUGGCUGUUGCUCACCCGAGCAGAUAGCAGGGGUCUCUCCACUGAUGCCCAUCCAACCCCAGAAAGGGCGUGGGGGUUAUCGUUGGCCCCUUUUUUGGCUGCGACAGAGAAUGGACAAGCCCCCGCCAAUGGUGCAUUUCAAAAUGUGCCUGUAACAAUAUGCGAUGUUGGCGAGACUGCCGAGAACCUAUUAUUGACCAAAUGGAACCGCUGGGUAUCUGCAAUGCUGCGCAAAAGUCGAACCACUAAGACCCGAGGCCAAGUCACUGUUCGCCUCGCUGGCAUUGCUCAGGCUGCAGUGCCUCCAACAGAUUGCUGCUUCGCGCACACGAUGAGCAACAUAAAUGGCGUUCGUCGUGAAAGGGACGGUCGCUGCCACAGCGCAUCGACCGGUUUUACUCUAGAGAUUGCGGAGAAUCACACCACUCCAGAUGCCUGA